AUGAAGAAGAGCUCGACACUUGAAAAAUUCAAGUCAGUCGUUGCGGUCUCAUCCACUUUUCCACAUUUCCAACCGCCAGCAGUUUCAAUCAUUGCAAAGAAGAUGACGACAUUGAAAAUGACCAAGCCCCAACCUGUGAGCCCAUGCACCAUGAUUACCAAACCCUAUGAGUGUGAGGACAUUGCCGAGACUGAAGCUGAGACUUCAGAUCAGUCGGAAGAUCCGCUAAGUUCCGCUCCUGAAUCCAGUUGUCUCAGCGACUGGGAUGCAGGCGUGGAAAUCACUCCUAUCGAGAGCAGCUUGCGACAAAUGAGAGUAAGCAUCCCAGAAACGACUGCUGCUAUUGCAGAGAGAAGCGAAUACUUGAAGCAGCCUCCGGUCAACACUUCUCGGCGUAGCUGUCUGAAGACACAACAAGGAAGCAAGCGCCGAACGGGCAUCCACUACACUCGCGAGACAAUGCUUCGCCUGCCAAUGCGCGAGACGCUACUACGAAAACGAAUGUGUGUAUCAUUCAACCCUGCUGUCGUGGUGAGAAGUAUCCGCCCAAUGCGUAUGAUGACUCGGGAGAAGGGAUCGUUGUGGUUCCAACCCGCCGAAUACAGUCGGAUGGCAAAAAGGUGCAACCGUAUUGCCAGAAAUGUAAGGCACGGGGGCGAAGAACAAAAUGGUCGCUCGUUGUGCAGUAGAGGUCUAGAGCAUCUGGUGUACGCAAAUAGCAGAAAAGACGCAAAGUUUGAUGGAUGGUUCAGCGUAUUCAAAGAGCAGAGAACGCAACGACGCGGCGAGCAUUAUGAUGAAGACAGGAUGAGAAUAAUCUAUCAUCUUUCAACCUCGGAAUCAUCGAUGGAGGCUCAGAUACGUGGAAUGGCGGAUGAGCAAGAUAUACAGAAGUACUUGCUAUCUACCCGCAACUCGAGUUUGGAGAAACCCAGCAUAUCGUGA